CGAGGUGACUGAAUGAGAAUGAGAGCACAGCUGUUCCUGCGCGGAAAAACAAUCGCAGCCAAAGCGGCUCGAGGAUCUCUCGUGGUAUCAUUCCCUGGCCGCCGACGCACAUCUGAGGAGGUAACGCAACGCACGGCUCAGAGGCACACAAAGGGAUGGGAGGAGGAUGACUGUACCCACAACAGCCGUUUACGAGCACCAAAGCAUCUCCAGGCACUCACAUGGCUCUGUUUGGUUGCCUGUGUGUCGGCGUGUGUCAGCGUAUAGCAGCGACGUAGCCAGACGCAGCCAUGCCGAAGCAGGGAGCGCGGGACUGGUGCGAAAUCUGCCGAGAUGUCGACACGGACAUCAAAUGUAAGGGCAGUGGAGGGAGGCCACACACUCCCACAGCUGCACAUGAGUGGCGAGGGCAGCCAGGGGAGAGAGAGCAGAGCAGAGCAGGGGGCAGGGCGGCGGGGGGAGACACGACAACGGGAGGCGGCAAGGCGCGGGGGCGCAGGGCCACGGACGGGGCGUUUUGAGCGCAGAGAACACGCAGUCAUGUCCCGUCUGUCUGUCUGGUUGUCUGUGUGUGGCGUGCUGAUUGGAUUGGAUUGAUGUGUGUGUGCUUCUCUUCUCUCUCGGUGUGUCAGGCUGCAAUAAGCACUGCGGCAAGCGGUUCCACUGGGAGUGUCUGGGCAUCAAUCCAAAGAGCGUCCCCGACCCCAAGAAGUGGAAGGUAGGUCAGCCACUCACUCAUCCAUCGCACCGCACAGCCGAUGAAUAUAUGGCGCGUCAUAGCUAUGGUGGGUGGCAUGGUCGGCUUCUUCCUCUUCCUCUUCGUGUGCGUGUGUGUGUGUGUGUGUUUAGUGUGAGGAGUGUGAGGAGGACGACGCCCACGAGGAGCACUGCUACGUGUGCAAGCAGGACGCCAGAGAGGGCACCCUCCUGCUGUGCGACGGAUGCAACCGCUCGGCACACCUGGCCUGUGUGGUCAGUCAGUGAGCGGAGGGACUCAGUGCAGUCAAUGAAUGCACCAUAUACCUAUAUGAGAGACCUUCCCUUCUCUCAUGCCCAUCCAUGUAUGUAUCCAUCUGCCCACUCCUGGCUGCAGGGAUUGGUGGACGAGCCCCCCGAGCACGAGCAGUGGUUUUGUGAGCCCUGCCGGCGGCGGAGGGGGGGCGGCGCAGCGCCCGCCACAUCCUCUUGGCGACCCGACGCACCGGAAAAAGACCACAGGCAGGCGGCAGCACCGGCUGCUGCUGCUGGUGAGUCUGGCGGUGUUGGUGGUGCCGCGGAGGGGGUUAGUGCGGUGGAGGUUUCGCCUGCCGCCGCUCCACCUGCCGACGGCCUCAAGAACACAUACUGCCACAUGUGCCAGAGAGGUACGUGGCGGCAGAUGAGCACAGGAAGGCUGCAUUGAUUGCAUUCGGUUGGGUGUGUGUGUUUGUGUGCGUGUAUGUGACUCACGUAGGGGGCAAGUUGAUCGCGUGUGACUUUUGUGAGAAGUCGUUCCACGCCCGGUGCAUCGAGCUCAAGGCCGUGACCGAGCCCUGGAAGUGCCCGGUGUGCCUGGGAUACGACCCCCUCAAAAAGGACAAAGAUCGCAAGUACUCAUGGAAUGCAUGGAUAAAUGGAGUGAUGCACGCACACACACACAGGGGCAAUGGCAAUGAAAUGUCCCCUGGGGCUGUGCUGUGCUGUUGUGUGCUGUGUCAACAGGAAGACCAAGGCUGAGCGGAUGGCGCACAAGGAGGAGCUCAAGCGGGCCAUCAGACAGCUGCAGAGGAGAUCCAAACCAUUCGUACGCACACACACACAGACAGACAGACACAGACACAGACACACGACGCCUCACUACUCAAGCUCAGCCUUCUCCCUCCCUGGCACCAUACAUACCAUCUGUGUGUUGUGCUUCCACUCCACCAGCGUGCCGCCUUCCUGAUGUCCAACUUCGACAGCAUCAGACCCUUCUCAGAGAAGAAGUGAGCCAACACACACGUCCAUUCAUUCAGCGGCGCUGCACAACAGAGAGAGAGAGAGAGAGUCGUUCAUAGUCUCUCUGAUGUCUUGUGUUGUGUUGUGUUGCAUCAGGGUGCUGGAUGUUCUCCGGAAGGACGCCGGUGCGGCCGCCAAGAAGCCCGGCAAGAAACCUGGUCGGUCGGUGGGCUGGGCACAUCAACCUAACCUACCCUGCACAGACAGACAAACAGCCUACACCACAUUCCGUUCCGUCUGUGUUGUGUGCAGGUCGCGGUCGUCUGCGUCGCCUGGACGACUCCGAGGAGGAACCAACACCCACACACGUACGCACCAAGGAAGCUGCAUGUGCCCAUCCAUGCAUCCAUCCAUCCAUGCAUCCAUCCAUCCACUCUUCCCUUCCUUCUCCCAUCGUUAAGCAGAUACAGCACGAGUCUGAUUUGGUUGAGGACUACUUGACCCAGGCGGAGCGGCGGGCGGCCGAGCGGUCGGGUGCGGGUGCUAGUGACGACGGCAGUGUGGGCCUGGGCGGCGGUCGUGAUGUGGUGGCGAUGGGUGUGCGCUUGAAGGACUACCAGAAGUACGGCGUCAACUGGCUCAUCCACUCGUACUUCAACAAAGCGGGCGCCAUCCUCGCGGACGAAAUGGGUACACACGUUGGGAGGAGAGAAACAAAGAGACCUCCUGUGUGGGUCAUGUAUGUGUCUGUGUCAUGUGUGUGUGUGUGUCUGUGUGUGGCUGCACAUCUAUACACACGUGUGCUGUGCAGGUUUGGGCAAGACGAUUCAGACGUUGGCGUUUCUAUCGUACCUGAAGGUGUGUGAGGGCAUCAACGGCCCGCAUCUUAUCGUAGUCCCGCUGUCAACCGUCGGCAACUGGGCCAGAGAGGUAGAUAUGCACUUGCACAACACACACCCACACACAAACCGACAUACACCCCACCGUCUUGUGUGUGGGUGUGUGUGGGUGUGUUGUGGCGUCUCACCUGCAGAUUCGUCGGUUCACGCCUCACCUGCGCUUCACCAAGAUCUGUGGCGGCGCGGCCGAGAGGGACUGGAUGAUCCUCGAUGAAGGUCACACAUCCACCCGCCACAACAGACACACCACACCACACCACACCCCACCUCAUUCCUGUCUGGUGUGUCUGUCUGUCUGUGGCGUCUGUGUGUGUGUGUUGUCCGAUUCAUUCAGAUGCGCAGUACGGCUACUACGACAUCUACAUCACCUCCUACGAGACGGUCAAGACGGAGGAGCGCUUCUUCGCCGACGAUCUCACAUGGAACUGCAUCGUGCUUGGUGGGGACAACAGACACACACGUAGCGCAGGCUGCGUGUCUGUCUGUAUGGCUGCGGCUGUCUGUAUUUCUGUCACUGUGUGGGCAUGGUUGUGAGUGCAGAUGAGGCCCACCGCAUCAAGAGUGAGAAGGGGUCCGUCCGGCACUCACUCGAUCGCGUGACGAGCUGUGCCAGGAUACUCCUCACAGGUGGGGACAGGGAGGGAGCGAGGGAGGGAGGCAGGCACCACACACACACACACACACACACAGACAGGCACAGAAAGAACAAACAGCUCCACAGACACGUGAGCGCACCAACGGAUGGCUGCAUCGAUGCGUCGGGGUGUGUGUGUGUGUGUGUGUGUGCAGGGACCCCGCUGCAGAACAACAUCGGCGAGUUGUUCACCCUCCUCAACUUCCUCUUCCCCGACGUCCUCACAGAGAAGGAACUCUUCGACAGAGUACGGACGCCGGCCACCACACACACACACACACACAGACAUUGGCGCACCAUGGACAGAUACCACACUCGUUUCUCCCCCUCUCCCCCCUCCCCUGUGUGUGAUGCCGUCCAUCAGGCGUUUCAGAUGGGUGCGUCAGGCGCCAAGAGCAUCACGAUUAAGCGUGCGGAGCGACCCAAGGGCGCCAUCAAGCGCAAAAAGAACGUUGAGGAGGAGGCCGAGGACCUCGAGGUCGUCGUCGACGAGUCGCUCAUCAAGUAUGCACACCACACAGUCAACAGAACGACCGACCGCAGCACACGAGUGCACUGACUGACCAUCGAUGCACGCGAUGCGUGUGUUGUGUUGUGUUGUCGGACAUAUUGUGUGUGUGUGUGUCCAGGAAGAUCGCAGAGUUGUUGUCGAGGCUGAUGCUCAGACGCACCAAAGAGCUGGUCAGCCCUGCCAAACCAAAAGAGCAGCACCCUCACUCGACACAUCUGUCUGUCUGUCUCUCUGUCUGUCUGUGUGUGUCAGGUGGUCAAGUUGCCCGAGAAGCACGUCCAGGAGAUCUGGAUGCCUCUCGCACCACAAGCUGCCAGACUGUAACCACACACACCACACCCUGACUUGCCCCUCCACCCCUCCCUCCAUCCCUGUGUCUUUAUGUGUGGUGGUGGUCUCAGGUACGGUCGUUUGCUGGAGGUGUCGCUCAAGAAGGAGGCCGGCACCUUCGGCAAGUCCAACUACCAGGUCCUGUUUGGGCUCGUCAUCCACCUCAGAAUCUGCUGGUCUGUCUGUCUGGGCCAACACGCACACACACACACACACGCACACACACAGACAUUGGCGCAUGGUGUUGGUCUGGUUGUUUGUGUGUUUGUUCAGUGAUCACCCUGCCGGCGUGGUGUCGCGUGACAAGAUGGUGGAGCAGCUGCUGUCGUAUGAGGACGACCUCGACGAGCGGGAGAAGUUCAGACAGGAGAUUCAGGCCAUCAAAGACAGCGAAGGCACGCACACACACACACACACACAGAUAGAGAGAGAGAGGGCCAGGGCGAGGCGAUAAGUAAGAGCAUGUGUGUGGUGUGUGUGCAGGGUGGGCUCACGUGGUGGCGUCCAACAAGAUGCUCUACCUGGAUCGGCUCCUCUGCCAGCUCAACCAGCUCAACUGCAAAGUCAUCCCACACCUCAAAGUAAGUAACCAACUUGCCCACCACUCCACACACACACACACACACACACAUCCAUCCAUCCCUCCCUUUGCAUCAUGCGUGUCGGUCGUAUCGUUUUGUGCACUGCACUGCCCUGCAGCACGCCGACCGCACUCGUGUGCGUCACUGGCACGAGCGUGUGCACGAGUACAUGCAGCAGGUCGACCCCCUGCUGACGGUCAAGGACGUCCACGAGACAGCCGCACUGCCCCAGCUCAAGAAGAAAAAACCCAAGUCGGGCGACAUACGCGACUACUUCAAGCCGUCGGCCGAGGGUCAGGAGGGAGACGGUGGUGGUGGUGGUGUUGGCGAGGGAGAGGGAGAGGGUGGUGAGGAGAUCAAGAAGGAGGUCGACGGCGACGUCAAGAUGGAGGUGUCACCCGAGGAGAAGAGGAAGGAACACCAUGCCACCAUCAACCUCUGGAAGGUCAGCCAGCCUCUCAGCCACCCACUUACACACCACACCACACCACUCCCUCGUGUGUGUGGCAGAAAUCUCUGCUGGAGCCCAGCGGUGACCGCGAGCUCUUCCUCUCCACCAUGGCCAUCGACAAGGCCGCCAUUGUCAAGAAACACGUCACCGGGCCGCCAGGCGAGUACGCCAAACACGACCAACACAUGCCACCCGCACCAGCACCAGCAGCAGCAGCAGCCGCCGCCGCCGACGACAAGGGCGGCGGUGGCGGUGGUGGUGGUGGUGGUCAGCGGAAGCGCAACGGCGUCCCUUCCGAGUCGGGCGAUGAGUCUGACGUGGUGCUGAAGCGCAGGUCCCGGCACAGGAAGCGCGCCCGGCUGGACGAUGACGACGAUGACGACGUGGAUAACGCGCCGAUGAAGCCCACCGAGGGUGGUGGUGGUGCAGAGGUCGACGAGCUCCUCAUGGAUGUCGACAUGAAGGACGCCCACGCGCCCGACGUGCCGCCCAAGAGGGAGGAGCAGCCUGCGGCCCCCGCACCACCGCAGCCGGCGGCCUCUGCACAGGCGAUGGACGUCAGUGUGGAGCCAUCCCCCAGCGAGCCUCAGCCGUCACCUGCCGAGCCACCAGCACCAGCAGCAGCUGCUGCCGCUGCUGCUGCUGAGGCUCCUGCAGGAGGGGCUAGGGAUGGAGGAGACCAGGAGAUGGGCGAUGGCGGGGCGGAGCCAGCUGGGCCCACAGCGAGUCCUGGUGAAGAGCCGAUAGCAAGCCCUGUUGGCGAGGCUGGCAGUGGUGUGCCGGCCGAGGGUGGGCAGCAGGGCGGCGGGGCUGCAGAGGAGGCCGAACAGCCAUUCAGGUGAGAGAUAGAGAGAGUGUGUGUGUCCGCUGUGCGCAUCAAUCAUCCAUCAGCCAUGUGUGUGUGUCAUGUCAUCUGCCUGUGUGUGUGUGGUGUAUAGGAUGAACAAGGUGUUGGUGUUCACUCAGUUUCAGCUGGUGCUGGACGAGCUGGAGCGGUACUGCCAGUGGCGGGGCUGGAAGUACCUCCGCCUCGACGGCAGCACUAAUCGCAUCAUUCGCGAGCUCGACAUACGCGACUUCAACUCGGACGACUCAGACCACCUCGUCUACCUCAUCUCCACAAGAGCCGGUCAGCGAGUGCGGAAGACUCACACAUGACACGACACACAUGGCACUGCGCACACACACGUGCAUACAUCGGUGUGGUGUGUGUCAUGUGUUGCUGUCUGUCUGUCUGUCUGUGUGCAGGGGGGUUGGGCAUCAAUUUGGUGACGGCCAACCACGUGGUCAUGUUUGACGAGGACUGGAACCCCUUCGUAGACAUGCAGGCCAUCGACCGGUCAGCCAGCGGCCCAACCCCUUCUUCGACACAGAAACACGCUCUCACUCCAUCGCCUGUGUGUUCUUCUCCUCUCCUCCCUCCCUCGUUCAUUCAGUGCUCACCGCAUCGGUCAGCUGCGCCCCGUGACAGUGCACAAUUUGGUGACCGAGUGGAGCAUCGAGGAGCGCAUGGCGUUCCGCCGCGAGCAGAAGCUGCGCCUCGACAAGCUCGUCGUCAAGGCACAGCGCGACCGCAAGGUCCUCGGUGACGAGGGCGGCGAUGUGAUAGCCGAGGAGGAGGAGGCCGCCGCCCACGACGAGAAGCUCAGCUCCAACGAGAUCAGCCGGCUGCUGCUCCACGGCGCAGAGGUGCUCAAGGCCUUCUGUGGCGAGGACAUGACCUCCGCCAAGCUGGAGGAGUUCGUUGGCCGGGAGCGGCGCGUGCUGCCCUCCACACUGGCCCCCGAGGAGCCCGACGACGACGCCAUGCUCAGGGAGUUCGCCGAGGAGGGGGCCGAGGACAACGGCAACGGCUAUAACAAUGGCCGUGUCGGCCGCAUCUCCACCAAACAGAUGAUGAAGGUCUUCGACGAGGCAGCCGACGUGCCUGACAGGGAGGGGGGCGGCACCGACCCCCUCCCAUCGCCCCAGGAGGACGUCGGCGAGGCGGUGGGCGGCACAGACGCCAGGGUCCAGGCGGCGGCGGCAGCAGCUGCUGCCGCAGCCGCAGCACCAGCGGCCGACCAGCCGUCGAUGGACCACACCCAGGCUGGUGGUGCGGCCAUCAGUUUGGGCAACGUGGUGUUCGGCACGCGUGUGCGUCGGAAGGCCAAGGAGCUGUACAUCCCGCCUGACUUCGUCAAGGAGGACCGCAAGAAGAAGCCGGAGCUCAAGCACGAGCACAAGUGCUUCAUGUGCGGGGAGGGGGGCGACCUCGUGCUGUGUGACAGGUGCCCAAAGGCAUACCACCUCGAGUGCGUCAACCUCACAGAAGUGCCAAAGGGACAAUGGUUCUGCCCCUGGCAUGAGUGGUACGCACGCGGAGGGAGGGAGGGAGGGAGGGGCUGACAGACAGACAGACAUACACGUCGUUCGCUCACCCCACCCUGUGCUGCUGGGGUGUUUGUUAUUAUUCCUGUGUGCACCUCCCUCAGCAAUGAGUGUGGCCGUCGUGCGUCCAAGGCUGGCGGCAUGCUUAUCCACUGCCAGGACUGCGCACUGUCGUACUGCUUCGACUGCUUCCCGGACGAAUUCAGGUAAAGUGUCAGCCAGACAACAAGGCACAAUACGGGCACAAAGUCCCCCUGUCUGUCAUCUCCCCUUCCGAUUCCUCCCUUUGUGUGUCCCUCCCUCCCUUCCUCCCUUCCCAAGGCGAGUGGUGCCUGAGGCGUCGUUCUUCCGGAAGCUGCAUCGCAGCAACUGGCAUGUCGACCCCAAGACCAUGAUCUUCUUCGUCUGCAACAUCUGCAGGUGGGUGGGCCUCACAGACACUUACUUGGACAGACAGAGAUGACAUGCAUGGCACGCACCUUCAUGUGUGUGUGGGUAUGCACUCGUUCGUUCGUUCGUGUGUGUGUGUGUUUAGGAGCUACCGUGAGGUUGAGCGUCGGAAGAAGAUGAAGCAGUCGGAGCUCGACGAGGAGCGGCGGAAGCAGCGGGAGCUCAACCAGGCCGGACGAGAGGAGAUGAACAAAGACAAGGAGAAACGCAAGUACGGACACACACACACCACAUCCAACGAAAUGAAUGAACACCCCACACACAUACACCCAGCCCACCUCCCUCUGUGUGGUGUGUGCCGUGACAACGGGUCGAUCUGCAGCGAGGAGCGUCAGCGUCUGCUCAAGGAGUCCAAGGAAUCCAAGGCCAUCAAAUCGGUACCGUACGCACGUCACGCGACUCGACGCCAUGUGUGGUUAGACCAUGCCAUGCCUGAGUGUGUGGUCGGUUGGGUGGAUGCGAUGCCUUCAUUCAGGAGUACGACAACCUGGGCAAGGACCUUCGCGAGGCCGGCGAGAAACUCAUCCCCAAGUCACUCCUCGACGCUUACGAGGGGCGCAUCAAAGCCGUGGUACGGACGGCAACAGACUCACUCCAACACCCACACACACGCAGACAGACAGCCGAGACAGCCAGCCUCUCUCUGUGUGUCUCUGUCUGCCUGAGUAGGAUGAGGAGCGCAAGAAGGUGCAGGUGCAGGUUGACGAGUUGAACGGUCGGAUCAGCGCGGCCAAGGAGAAGGGGGACGACACCAAGGCCCUCCAGGCCGAGCUCAAGAAGCUCAAGCGGAAGAUGCCUUCCAAACCCAACGGGCCAAACACAUGGAUGCACAUCUGCUCCAACUGCAGCUUCCCUGGUCCACCACACCACACCACAGGCCACACAGCUGACGUGUGUGCACCGCUCGCUCCCUGUGUGUCCGGUCUGCAGGCCACCGCACGGUCGACGAGUGUCCGUACGACCCUGAGUUUCGGUACAACAGGUCGACCAAGACGGACGCCGCCACUGGUGCGCAGCACGUCACCAAGAGCCAGAGGGUGUGCACCAAGUGCGGCAAGAGCACACACCUACGGCGCGAGUGCCCCCAGCUCGACGACGAGGAGCGGGCCGUCUACGAGCAGCGCCGCCGCCAGUGGCCGAAGCUGCUCGACCUCGUCCGCAACAUGUCGCCCCUCAGCGCCCCCCCACACAUCGACCAGAGCAGAUUCGAGAAGGAGAAGAAGAGCUACGUCGAAGCCCUGGACAGGAAGCUCCGCCACCUCAUCGAGGAGGCCGGCCUCUUGCCCAUCAACACGCCGUCGUCCGAGUCAGCAGCUGCAGCAGCUGCAGCAGCCGACGAGCAGCCAGCACCGGCGUCCAGUGCGGCAGCAGCAGCUGUCGCUGCCGGAGGGGGCCAGGUGGUGAUCAGCGACGAUAGCGAGGACGCCAAGCCUCUGCAGGCCAAGAAACCCUCACCACCCAAGAAGGCUCCUGCUGCUGCCGCUGACAAGGGAGACAAGAAGAAGGCCGAGAGGAAGCCGCGGGCCGCCCCGGCGGCGCGGAAGGAGGGCGGUGGUGGGGGUGGGCGGAAGGGUGCCGGUGGUGGUCGGAAGGCCAUCUACCUGGCCCCAGCCAGGGUCAUGGAGCACUUCAUCGGCACCAUCAAGGAGUACCAUUCGAGUGGCCAUGUGGGUCGCCCGGAGUAUCACGUUUUUCUGUCCGAGUGCAAGGUUGAGGACGUCCGGCCAGGCUCCUGCAAGCUGCUCGACUCCCACCCCCCUCCCCCUGCCCCCAUCCCUCCCGCCGUCCCCAAGCCCAAACCCAAGCCCAUGGCCAGCACUGCCGCAGCACCCAUGCAGGUCGAGGAGGAAGAGGUCGAGGAGAUGCCACCUGCCCGCCCAGCACCAGCAGCACCACCACCACCCGCCGCCGCCGCCGCCGCCGCCGCUGCCCCAGCGAGGAACCAGGAGAUGGCAGACCGCCCGUGGGCGGAUGAGGCCAGGUGAGGAGGCUCAUGCACACACCACGCAGAGUGGGUGAGGCAGUGACCGUGUGUUUCUGUCUGUGUGUGUGUGUGUAUGUCAGCGACUCCGCCGAUGAUUCGCCAGAUGACGAGCCGCCGCGUGGGCCUGCGAGGGGUGCACCCGCGCAGGCGGAGCUCAUUGAGCUCGACUGACCAGCCACCGGGCUGGCCCUUGGUGCUUCUCCC